UACAAUACGGAAGCACGUUGUGUCGUUAUAUGAAGUUAACAAAACAUACCAUUUAUCGACAGAGAGGAGAUAUAAUCCGUUUUGAGUGAGCACAGAGACAGAUAGACACUUUUAAUAACUAUUCGCACACGACGAACAGAUUUAUCAAGCUUACUGCAUGAUCAUUUUCUGAAAUUUGAGAAAUAAAAAUGUAAAAGCUACGAUGCACUGUGACGGCCGGGAUUCACUCAUUCAGCCAUGAGACUGAUCAACACUGCUCUGCACUUCCUCCUCCUCCUCCUCAUCCUCGGCUGUAAUGCACUGGGGCUCAAACCACAGCUCUUAGGCAGACACACAGUCCAAACCAACUCUCAGCACACAUCUGUCUCAUACAAAACUUUUUAUUUUGAUCAACAGAUUGACCAUUUUGGCUUCUUGGAGAAUGGCACAUUCAAACAGAAGUAUCUUCUCAAUGACCAGCACUGGCACAAGGAAGGAGGCCCAAUCCUGUUUUACACGGGCAAUGAAGGAGACAUCACAUGGUUCUGCAACAACACUGGUUUCAUGUGGGAUGUAGCAGAAGAGCUGGGAGCUUUGCUGGUUUUUGCUGAACAUCGCUACUAUGGAGAGUCCAUGCCGUUCGGCGAAGAGUCUUACAGCAAUGCAAAGUAUCUGAACUACCUGACCUCAGAACAGGCUUUAGCUGACUUUGCAGUGCUCAUCAAAGCUCUGAAAAAAACCCUGCCUGGAGCUCAGAAGAGUUCAGUCAUCGCCAUUGGCGGCUCCUAUGGCGGGAUGCUGGCGGCCUGGCUGAGGAUGAAGUAUCCCAGUGCAGUUGUAGGUGCUCUUGCUGCGUCCGCUCCCAUCUGGCAGUUCAUUGUGCCAUGUGGAGAGUUUUACAAAGUGGUCACCAAUGACUUCACCAUCAGUGGCACCAACUGUAGCAGCAACAUCAGGAGGUCAUGGGCGGCUAUUGACAGGGUCUCAGCAACAGGUGAGGGUCUGCAGUGGCUGUCUCAGGAGUUUGGACUGUGUAAUCCUUUAAAGACUCGAGACGAUGUGGAUGGCUUCAAGGCUUGGCUGCAGGAAACCUGGGUGAACUUGGCCAUGGUGGAUUAUCCAUAUGAAGCUAACUUCCUCCAACCACUUCCAGCCUGGCCUGUUAAGGUGGUCUGCAAAAAUCUUCAUUUUAAUACCAGUGCAUCAGACAAACAGCUGUUGAAUGGUAUCUCUCAAGCCGUAAGGGUGUACUACAAUUACACGGGAGAUGCAGUCUGUCUCAACACCUCACAAACCGCUACUGGGAAUCUGGGCUUACUUGGUUGGUUCUACCAGAGCUGUACAGAGAUGGUAAUGCCAAUGUGCACAGACGGCGUUGCUGACAUGUUUGAGCCACAGCCAUGGAACUUCCAGGCCUUCUCCGACGAGUGCUACAGCCAGUUUGGAGUGCGGCCACGGGAAGACUGGGCAGAAAUUGUGUACGGUGGGAGAAACAUAAGUGCUCACAGCAACAUCAUCUUCAGUAAUGGAAAUCUUGAUCCAUGGAUGAGCGGUGGAGUGACCAGAAGUCUUUCAGAAUCUCUGGUUGCCAUUAUGAUUGAUGGAGGUGCUCACCACCUCGAUCUGCGCUACAACAGCGAGUUUGACCCAGCGUCAGUUAUCAAAACACGGGUGCUAGAAGUACACUACUUCAAGCAGUGGAUCAAACAGGCAGCAACAACUAAAUGAUCAUUGAAAUUAAACAAAGACAGUAAGAAACACAAAAUGACCUAUUUCUCUUUGAGUUAGUGGUUUCCUCCUUGGUACUUAACUGAAAAUAUAGUUUUUGUUGGGGAGUGGAAGGGAAGGUUUUUUUGGGUGGGUCAUGAUCAUAAUGUUUAGGUUUCUUUUUUUUUUUUUUUUUUUUGGUGCAAAACAAGAAUGUACAGUAGGUUUUUCUGAGAAAUUGAGGAACUGAAAGUGUCAGAAAACACCAAAUGCAAAACCACUCAGGGGAAGUGUCCUUUGCCAAAGUCUCAAUGUUUAAUUGUAGCUAUACAAAUGCUACAUUCACAGCUAUGGUUUUUGACAAAAGUAUGCUACAUUUUAAAGGAAUAGUUCACCAGAAAUUAAAAUUCUCUUAUUUUAUUUACCUUCUUUUCCUUUUAAACUCUUCUGAAUUUUUUUCUCCCAUGAGUACCAUAUUUGCUGUUCUGUGUUUUUCUUAUGUUGUGAUUGAUUACUAGAUAUGCAAGAACGAAACUUAGUAUUUGAAAACCACAAUAAAGCGGUCAAAGCUAAUUUA